GACAACUUCAAGCUCGAUCAAAGUGAUUGGAGACACCUUGGGCUUAUUCACCAAGUCCUCAAGGAACCAGCUAUGGCUCAGCAAUCGUUCUCGUCAGCAAAACAUCUGACCGCAUGGAAAACAAUCCCUACACUAGAGUGCCUCACUGUUCGAUGGAGAUCCAUGGCAGAUGACCUGCAAUAUCUUCUGAUUGCUGAUGUGAUUGAGGCUGGACUCAAGAAUGUUGACAAAUACUUCAAGAAAACAAGUCAAUCGGACGUGUAUUUUAUUUGUCUUGUUCUUGAUCCAAACUAUAAGCUCACAUACGUUGAAGGCUGGUGGGAUUUUGAAGAUGUUGCAGAUGGCAGAGCUUGUCUGGAGGCCGUG